GUCCUGCCAACUCUGAAUGACAUCCUCCAAGAUGCGGAGUUGACCCAAAACAUUGGCUGGGAUCUGAUCCACCUCCUCAUGCCUCUGCCGGGCUCAGAAAUAUGUCUUACGACUAUUGCUCGACUUGGAAACCCGCGGGAGGUAGUACUGAAGGUCACAGAGGCGUUGCAAUUGCUGGAGCCGGACACCAAGGAAGUGGAGGAGGAGCAGGAGGAAGAGAAGACAGCAGGCGGCGAGCCAACACCCGUCGAUCGAUUCUGCAUAUUGGUCAAUCUCCUUUCUAUCCUUCACCCGAGAAUCAAGACGAAAUACCCCUCAAGAUUCCUCUCGAGUUCCCUCAUGGCCAUUCUUUCAGUCUUCCGCCCAUCGGGCCAAGCCACGCUUUCUGUCAUUUCGUUUGUACAUACAAUAUCAGGGAAGAAGAGACCACCGCUACCGGGACGGAAGUCAAGUUUCAAGAUUCCUACAGUAUCGACGGGCAAUCAAGCUGGUAUAUCUGCUCCAGAUCCAGAAGCACAGGAGGAGGAUCCACACGAAGCAGCGAUUCAGGCGAAGCUCUUGCAAUCAUUUGUUACACAUGUGCUGGAGGAGUACAUCAACUGCAACUCUUUGGAAUGGGCUGCUAGAUUACAGGAGUCUUUCGAUCCAAGCAAGAUUGUGACUGGAAGGCAGAGCUUGGGGGAAUCAUAUAGAGUGGAUCCGGCUCUGCAGACGCGGGAUACUAUCGUGGGGCAGCUUGUGGCUCUUGCACGCGAUCUUGGCCUCUCGAGUUACGAAACCCUCUUCGAUGCUAUUUACAAGACCGAUCCCCCCCCAGCCGAAUACGAUCCGGAGGAGAAUUAUCCCUCUUCACCGGGAGAUAUACCUCUUUCGCAAGCAGGCUCGCUGUUCUUGAUAAGCUCCUUCAUCUUCUCGUCAAUCCUCUUCGAAUCAAAAUCCCCACAACCGAAUCUGUCAAUAUUCCCCGAUCAUGCGAAGCUCGUGAAGCAUUUCAUUGGACUUGAGGGACCUACAAGUAUCGGCGGAGAAGAGCCUGGAGUUGUUGAUGCUAUAUUGGCGAUUGGGUUAUGGCUGGAAUAUAACAACCGAUUUGUUUCGGGGCCUCUGAAGGAUGAGGAUUUUCUACAACAUCUGCAAACACUGUCUCUUCUCUCAGCAAACAAUCCCUCGCCAACUUUGAGAUACACCGCGCACGUUUUCACCUCUUCUAUUCUUCACGCACAUCCCAUUGAUCGGUUGAGGUUGACAUUCAUAUCCGACACACUCGAAAACUGCCCGUACGAGACCUUAAAGGCAUCCGCGGUGUCAUGGCUGAAGGAGGAAAUCAUCGCAGCGCAAGAGAGGAAGUCGGAGAAUGUUUUUGCAUCUAACGUUGCCCUUGCAGCAGCGCAGCCAUAUCUAUUUCCAGACACGUCUGCUUUGGCGGAUGCAAGCGAUGAGGAGCUACUGCAGGAGUUGGGACAAGCGUUUCCAUUCCACAUGGCUGUUAUUAACUUCUUGUUCUUCGUUGGGAGUGAAACAUAUGCUCACGUUGUUCCUUCUGGGAUGAUGAAUGUUGUGGAGGAAAUUUAUCUAGGACCCCUAAGGAUAGCUCAGGAGAAAUCUGAGAAAGGAUUGGAGGGAGCUGCCUCUUUUGAAUUGCAGCUGCUAGGAGAGCGUAUUGCUAUGUGUACAGCGAAGAUU